AGAUGCUGUGCAGGAGCGUUACCAAGGUGAGAACUUAAACAAAAUGGCGGAAGAAAAUGAUCAGUCUGGCAAUAACAACAGUGAUACUAUUUUACCAUCGGAAUCAAAUGUUUGUAAUGAAAAUGCAAGUCCUGAGCCGAAAAGUUUUAUGGAGGAGCUUGUAUCAAAGAUUGAUAAUGAAAUAGCUAAUGGUGAUUAUAUUGCAGUUGAAGAAAUAGAGGAAGAAGACCCAUUUGAAACUAUGGUUGCAGAGGGACUUUCACAAUUAGGUAGAUCUGCUGAUGGCACAAUGCAGGUUUUCCUAUCACUUUCUCUUCGGGAAAAUGGACUACAGUCCAUUGAGGGUAUUUCAUCUUAUAACCACUUACAGAUCUUGGAUGUCUCACAUAAUGAGUUAGAAGAUUUGACAACAUUAUCAAAUCUGCCUAAUUUAAUCUCACUGGAUGCAUCACAUAACAAAUUGUCGACAGUGCUGGAGUUUCAGCCACCACUUUCAUUACGAGAAGUAAAUUUAUCAAACAACAAAAUAGAGACAUUGACAGACCUCAGUCAACACAAGAAUCUCAACAAAUUAAUACUUGAUUAUAAUACCAUUACAGAGAUAACUGGUCUUGAACACUGCAAACGACUAAAAAUCCUGAGUAUUUCUAAUAACGUUAUUGAAAAAUUGAGUGGUUUGGACAAUUUGCCACUGAAGUACUUAGAUUUGAGUAUGAAUAAGCUGAAACGGAUCGAGAAUAUCGGAAGCCUGAAACAUUUACAGCUACUCGAUCUAUCAUACAAUGCCAUUCGAAGUCUGAGAGGUUUGCAGUCCCACGACUUGCUUGACACAAUCAGAUUGCGAAACAACGAAAUAAUUGACUUAUCAGAAGUUCGGUAUAUCAGAGACUUACCUUUGCUGAGAGUUCUGGAUCUAUCCUACAAUCCAAUUCAGGACUUUCCAGAUUACAGACUGUCUAUUGUCUUUCGGAUACCGCGACUCGUUGAGCUUGAUAACAUACCAGUACAACCCGAAGAGAAGGUUGCUUCAGAAAAUCUCUUCAAGCCACGACUAGAUAUCAUUGCAGCACGAAAUCACAUGAUGAAUCUUGUUCGUUCUUACCUACAACCGAUAAAACUCUAUAACAGCACGCUUUCAAGCACCGAGACGCCUUAUCCAAUGCUGGUUUUAACCGGUCCGUCUGGCUGUGGAAAAAGAACCUUAAUCAAGAAACUUUGCCAAGAAUUUCCAAAUUUCUUUGGGGAAGGAGUUUCUUACACAACCAGAGGUUUGCGAGAGAAUGAAAAGGUCCCACGUGAAAGCGAAGUUGAUGGUACAGAUUAUCAUUUUACAACGAAAGACGAUUUUGAAAGAGAUACUGUAGCAGGCAAAUUUAUCUCAACUUCUCACUUAUAUAACAGUCAAUAUGGAAUAAGCCGGGAUGCAAUUGAGGCUGUUGCAAAAGAGGGCUUGGCUUGUGCCCUUCAUUUAGAGCUGGAGGGUGUCAUGGUCUUAAAAAAUACCCACUUUGAGCCGCGGUACAUUCUAAUACUGCCGGAGACGAAGCAAGCCCAAGAAGAGCGAAUGAGAUCGAAGAAAUUUUACAGUGAUUCUCACAUAAACCAGGCAAUUGAAAGAGUUGCACUGUACGUUGAAACCAACAGAGAGCACCCUGGCUAUUUUGAUACGGUGAUAUGCAGUGACGACCUCGAGGAGUCAUACAAGCAGCUAAAGAGAGUAGUUCUAGAGUAUCUCGGCAUAAGUCCUGUGAAUUCAUCUGUUUCGUGUAUAUCUCGUAGUACACAUGAAUCUGAGAUAUCCCCCGUCUCGUUGUCCGAGGUAACACGGCCAAUCAGCACACCUUAUGAUAAGGAAUCUUUGACAGCCUCUGCUGUAAAACCUUGGAUACGAACAAGUGCGGGGUCCAGAGCUUUGGAAUCUAAUAAUCACACGAACCUACCUCGGUCAGCCAAGUCUCCUGUUGAAGCUGCCUCAAUUCAACGCCGAUUCGAAAUGAUGAAAGCAGCAACUGUUGGUAUAACAUCAACAUCGGAGGAGCAGCUAUCAAAACUUAAUUUCAGACCGCCCUUGUCUGCUAAUGGCCUGUCUGACUCCUGGGCCUUUGAAGAUAUACCAGCACAUAAAAGAGCAUCCUCGGCUCCCAAUGGACUGGCUUCAUCAUACUCCAAGCCUCGACUGGAUGACGAAACUGAUUCUGAAAAGGAGACUGUGGAUUCAGAUAUUAGCUCAGCUCAUGCUUCCUACAUGGUCAAUGCAAACGAGUAUGAGGACAGUGGCUCUGAAAACGAGGACGACAAAACUUCAUAUUCAACAACGCGUACCACUAUAACAUCUUAAAAUCGACUUAGAUGACUGACUUUACCCAUUGUAAAUAAAGCAAGUUGCAAUUGCCAAAUGAUUUAUUGUUUUCAAA